AUGGUCAUCAAUAUGCCUUAUGAAACAAUCCACAAUGAGAAUCUCAUGCCUGUUAUCAAGCAUGGAGUUCAUAAUAUCAUGGUUAAGAGUUGCUGUCUCAUCACUUGGAUGUUGUUGUUGUACGAUUCUGCUUGCCAUAUUGCACAAGAGAUCGCUGAAAAAAUCCAAGAACGUAACAGAUACCAGAGGAAUGGUGAAAGUGCCACUAAGGUCAGUGUUGCAGUCAGGCCUUUAUUGCAAAAUCUUGAAGAAAAAACCAAUCGUUUGAAAGACCUGUUGUUUCACUCUGUAUCAACACGUCAGAUAACCCAUAUAGAAGCGGAAAGACGGCAAAUUUUAGUAGAUGAACUUUUCACAGCACACAGAAAACUCCAAGCAUCUUUCCAAAAUGAAAAUGCAGAACCUGAUGUAAUAAGGUCUAGCCUAAUGGCAGGUGGGGUCAGAAGAGAAAUAACAAAUCCAUGGCUUGUGGAGGAGCCUGAGGAAACGAGAGGGCUUGACUUCCAUGAUAUCCGGCAGCAACAACAGAGAAUUAUAGAAGAACAAGAUUCUGGUCUUGAGGCACUCUCUUCAAUCUUAUCUCGCCAAAAACAAAUGGGACAGGAAAUUGGAAAUGAAUUAGAGGAACAGAAUGAAAUCAUUGAUGAUCUUGCCAAUUUGGUAGAAAAUACUGAUGACAACCUACGCAGACAAACCAAAAAUGUCUUGAGGGUGGAGAAAAAGUCAACCUCCUGUGGGAUGAUGGUGGUGAUCGUAUUAUUGCUGAUUGCUAUUGUGGUUGUUGCUGUGUGGCCUACAAAGUAAUCAGAGAUUAUCUCAUUUUGCAACUAAGUGUUAAUAGUCAUCUAUAGCCAGGACAACCCCACUUUGUUGUUGGCACUGUCCAUGGAUAUGGCUGUUCUCAUUCCACUACAAGAGACAGAUCUAUGUUUGAGCUGCAUAAAGGUUUUACAAAAUUCUGUAUAAAACUUUGUAUACUCAAGAAUAUAAUUGGAAAAGAAAUGACUCAUCUGAAAAAACUUCAAGGCACAAAUUGAAAUUAAUUUCAAAGAAAUACUUUGUCUAUAAAUGCUUCUAAUAGUACUAAGUGGAACUUUGUCUUAAUCUCUGCAGUGUCUAAUUAAAAUAUUAGUAUUUUCUUUCUAACACUAAUUCCUUAUUGCUGAAAUAAAUAGUUCUUCCUGAAACAAUGUCAAAGAUUCAAGAGAAACUGCCAUUUUUGAAGAGUGAACAUCUUUCAAAUAAAUAAAAACUUCACAAAAUCUUUGACUUGAGUCAGAGGGCAAUUACUAUUGUAAAAUUGUAGCUAUCAGAUAUAUAUUUUGGAAAGAAAAGAUGAGGUUUCUGUCCAAAAAUGUAGAAUUAACAUAUUAUGUUAAAUGCCUGGGCUGCUUUUCUUUACUAAGGUACAUUAAUAGCAGGGAAAAAAUGAAAUUACUCUGAUACCUAGAGUUUCAAAAUGUGUUUUUUUCUAUAUGUGUUCUGAAAGUAAAUGAAAAUUAUUCUCUUAGCAGAAUUGGCAGGAAAAUGACUUUACAUCUCUCUGUAACUUGCCCUGAACACUCAAAAUCUAAAGUGAAGGAUUAGCAGAGCAUAUUUGGGAGAAUGAUGAGGACUUCAACUGAGACAAAUCCUGUUGCAUCAACAUCUUUCUAUUUAUGCAACACUGGAUUAAACCCCAGUGUUAAUCCAUGUCCAGAUAUUGUUAUUUUUGCUUUAUAUAUAUAUAUAUAUAUUGACAGAGUGAUCAGCUUCCUUUUUACUGAAAAAUAAGAGGGUCACUUUUCCACUGAAGAGUUCUGGUCAUUUCAGUUUAGAUUUUCAUUAUUAUUGGAGAAAUUCACUUCUGAAACUGGAACAGGUCAAUUUUUUCUGUGUUUAUGGAUUCAUUUGCAGUAAAAAGGAAUCAGAGCGAUAGUUUUUAGGUAAAUCAAGCACAGAAAAGAUUGGUUUAUCUCCUGAUCUUCAGUUAAAAUUGAUUAAUACUAUUUCCUCAAGAGGUAGUUCUCCUUGGAGAAAAAAAUAUUUAAAAAUGUUUCCUUGUGAAUGGUGUCUCCUAAAUUAAAUGUUGAAAAAGAAAUAAUGCAUUUUCUAUGGUGGAAUAUUUUUCUAAUGGCAUGUUAGAUUUGUUAUAAAAUAUUUAACAUCAUUGGUUUUUGAAAUUACAUAUGUAAAGCUUUUAAGAUAUGUUCACAUCUUCACAUAUUUUAUGUUCAUUUUUAUAACAAUCCAGUAAAUUUAGCCAAGCUGAGAGAAAAGCAGUUGAGUCUCCCUUGUUAAAAUGAAUUUUGAGCUCUAAAGACUUCCUGGGUAUUUGCUUGCAGAAUUGGGAAACACAGGGCCCAACUAAUACCACCUGGCCUAUUUGUCAUAUGGAGAUAAUGUGUGAGCUAAACUCUUUUCAGAUCAACUAAAUAGGGUUUUUAAACUUAAAAUAUGUAUUAGGUGAAUAGAUAAAUCCAAACAAAAUUGUGCAGACAUAUCAUUUAUACAUAUAUAUUGGAGUUACCACAGAGAAUUUGGAUAAUAGAAUCUCUGCUUCUUAUCUAAUUAAAGGAACCAGUUGCAAGUUAAUAAUUGACUAGCUGUUUUCAGAGGAGGAGCUCAUGUUCCCUCAAAGUUGAAAAGGAAGUUCCACUUUGUUCAUUCUGCUGCAACAGAAAAAACGGCCAUGGGUGGAAGUUUAUAAGUGUUUAUUUGACAGAUGUCUGGAUUUAGUCUUAUCAAGUGGAUUCUGCACUGUUACAUGCUCCAUCUGCUUCAUUAUAUCAUCCCAUCUAACAAAUGAAGGUAAAAGAAGGGUGGGUACAUAAGAAAAUCCACAACUUUUUUCCCCACAUGUCAUUAAAUAUAUUCAUUUAUAUAUAACCAUAAUAUAUUAGUAUGCAUUGUAAAGAAACAUUGUCGCAAAACUAUAUGCAGAGGUCAUAACUAAGCAACAUUUACAGUUCAUAAUUAUUAACAGGAAUAAUAGGAACAGAGGAUUAUUAUCCAUGUAUAAUGAGGGUGGGGGGAAGAGUUAAGGCGAUCAAGGGAAGGAACAUAAAGUGGACCAAGUAAGAAGGAGAACAAAUCUGUAUUACUGGUGUCUGAAUGUUUCAGUUGCUUCUCAGAAUGGUUUGUGUUGCAUUUCUUUUGUAACAUAGAGCUUGGAAUAUGCUCAAGAGUCCCUCAGCAUUAGAGAUUAUAUCAGUAGUCUUUACAACCCUCUCCUGUCACUCUUAAAAAAAGAUGUAAGGCACCAAUUGGUUCUACUGCAGAUACGUAUAUCUCACUUUGUGUGUGUGCUAGCAAUUCUUUUGCCAUUCAGAAAAACAAGAUGAUUUCCUUAUAAUUAAAAUAUGUGUCUUAAAAGUUGUCUUAAACAUGCAUUAUUUUAGCAGGGGGUUUAGGAAGCUUUCCAGCUAUCUAAGCCAUUGUAUUUGAUACAGCAUUCUUGCUCUAUGCUAGGCCCAUAAACUUCAGUUGUAUUAGGGGUCUCCUUUUGCAUAACUCUUGGCCUUCAGAUAAAAUUACCAGCUGAAAAUGUAGAUGGACCUGGUUAUAUGCUGCCUCCGGAGAACAUAUGAUUGUGUGGCGAGAAUUAUGCCUCUACCAAUAAAUGGCCUAAAGUAUUGCAAUGGACUUUGUUUUACUCUUUUCUGUUUUUUUUAAUUUGAAGCUGAAAUGAUCUGUUAAAUAUAAGGAGGUAUAAUUAUGUAUACAAAGCUAUAUUUACUGUAUAUAGAAGUACAAAACAAGCCCUUACUCAUGUCAAGAUUAGACCCUAUUGAACAAACAAAAAUAUUUUCUUACUACUGUAGGCAGAAUCAGGAUUGUUAUAAUAUUUUCUAGUGUAUUAUAUUUUUGAUUAAUAUAUAGAUUCUGCACUAGCUAUUUUACAUUUUGUACUAAUUCUACAAUCAGCCUUGAUUUUUUUUCCUGUCAUUUCUUCUCCAUUUGCUAGUUGAUGCAAUAUCACAUUUCACAGCUUUUCAGAAUAUUUGUGUUACAGAAGGUAAGACUUUUUUCAGCUCUUUGAAAGAGGUUAGAUACCAUGAACAUAUAUGUUUUGUAAUCAUUUUGAAUGAUUAUAUAUAGUGGUUAUCAAUAUUUCAAAAAAGCAAACACAAAUUGCCCCCCACAUUUCUGUAUAGGAUUACAAUAAUGUUUGCUGCUUUAUAGUCAAGAUGCUGGAUUUGACAACAAAGGAGACUGUCAUAAAAACAUUUUAUCAAGAUUUGCAAUGAAAACACCUUGUUAAUCUGAGAUGUUACUCAUUUGUAAAUUAAGAUAGAUUUACUUUCUUUUGAGGUGCUGAUUACAGGUCAGGCCUGCACCCUCCCCCCAAAAUCUUGAAAUAUACACAUUCAAAGAAAAUCAUUGCACCACACUGCCCAACAGUUUACAUGAAAAUUGAGGAACAAUUUCUAAAGCAUUUUCAUGAAAUCCUGAACAUUACUUAGCAAAUCAGACAAAGCAAUGCACAAGGCCUUCAAAAUUGUUUUUUAGAAUGUCAUGGAAGUACAUAGCCUGUGACAUAACUGAUGUUUCUGAGUUAUUUCUUGAAUAUAAUGACUAUUAAUCAUCCUGAAAAUCUGUGAGGUGGUUAAACUUUUUAUACUGUUGGUAAUUCAUUCUCUCUCUCUCUCUCUCUCUCUCUCUCUCUCACA